GUAAUACUGGUACGACGUCUACUUCUACUGGUACUACUAUGACUAUAACUACUGCUACUACUACUACUAUUGUUAAAUACAGGAAGCUCUUUACAGAUGCAGGAGAGGAGGCGAGGGAGGAGGAGGCAGGACAAAGGAGGAGAUGAGAAGUGGAGCAUUCGUUAAGGAGGAGACGAAGGAUGGUCAGGUGAUGAAGAGGAGGUCAGAAGUCACUAGCUUGCUCUCUGAUUUGCUCUCCAUUGAUGAGGUCAUCAUAAACAAGGUCAUUCUUUAUUGAACUCAUGUUCCAGUGUGUAAAAUAUGACAGAAAUGUAUCGAUAAAUGUAUGAAAACUCAGAUAAAUCUUAUCAAAUAUAUAAUUCAAUGUCUGACUCCUCCCCUUGUGUGUGACUCUCAGCUGAAAAGAAAACAUCAGAAGUGAGCCAUCCUAGCUUUUACACACACACACACACACACACACACACACACACACACACACACACACACACACACGCACACACACACACACACACACACACAGGUGGUGAAUUAGGUGGAAACAGACAAGUUCCUUUCUGCAGAAACAGUCUUCCUGUAAUGUUCAGCUUGGAAUGUGGUCACACACACAUUAUCACACCUAUACACACAGACACACACACACACACACACACACAAACUGGAGGAGGAGGUCUGACGAUCGAAGACCUCACAGGCAAAAACCUUUAAUUUAAUUUAAAUAUAUAGAAUUCGGUUUCUCAUCCAUCUGCCUCUGAUUUCUUAACGUUUAUCGACAAUCAAUUUUAAUAUGAAUUUAAGAUGAAUCGUUAUCUAACCUCUAACCUCAAACAGAGUAAUCUUAUCUAUAAAUGUAAAAAAGAGAAUAGUUUACAUUUCUUCAUUUAAUAGACCUAAAUGUCACGGCCCUUCUGAUUUACUAAAGUUGUUUGAAUUUAACUCUAAUAAACUGGAACAAUGAAAAAAUUAAAGUAAAAAUACACUGAAUUACUGUAGUUUUAUUUUUCCUGAAUAAAUAAAAACAGUGAAUAACACCACAGAAUAAGAUGAUGUGAUUUAAGCAUCGUUUUAAUUACUUCUUCAUCAGUUGUUUCAUAUUUUAUUUUUCUCUACUUUCUCUACUUCCUGUCCUGGGGAUUUGGGAAUUGAGCUGUGAGGCCGGCGGGCCAAUGUUGUAGCUCCGCCCCCAUAAGCACCGGAGGCUGGCGAUGCUCUCGAAGCCUGCGGGACGUCCUGAGGACGGAAAGAAGAACGGCCGCUGUGCAUGCUGGGUAAACCCGGUGCCUGCAGCUGUCUGAACUCCAACUUUAAUGGUUUAAACCAAAGAUCUGAUGAAUGUUCCAUUUGAGUAUUACUUUAUUACCGUGGAUUUAUUGUUGUUUAUCUCCUUCAUUAGAAACCUGUGUCCGUUUCACAGUCUCACUCCUCUAAUUAAUUACUUCUGAAGAAGAAGAAACGCUAGAAUGUGUUUUUUUAUUCCGUCACCAACAAUCAGGUGUUUGUUUUCGUCAGGAAACUGUGGAUCUGAUAAUUCCACGUCUCUAUUUAACAGAAUCAGUGACUUUCUGUCUGGUCUCAGAUCUGCAGGUUGAGACGAGUUCUGAAAGCGUCACUGUGUCGUGUUUCUUUAAAAGGUGGGGGAGUUUUUUUUUUCUUUGAGUCCCAUUUGAAACUUUGGCCAUGUGGAACCUCCUCCUCCUGCUCCUGUGGACACUCACAUCCUCACUUCUCUCAGUGUGAGCUGAGGAGGAUGAAUGGAAGGUUGUGAGGGACAAUGGAUUAAUUUUCUGCUUCCUGUGAUUGUCUCCUUUGGACCAUUUAUAUGUUCGAGAGAUUAUUUGUAUUAUUAUCAGUCCACAUCAUCAUGCUGCUGGCUCUGCUUCUGGCUCUGAGCCUCUGCUGUGACGCUCGCUCCUCCAACGCGUCCUCCAUCACUAUCCGGUACCGGGUGUGGGAGGAGCAGCCAACGGGAACCCGGGUUGGCCGUCUGCUCGACGACCUCCGUCAGAGGGAGGAGGGCGGCACCCUGGAGGACUUCCAGGUGGUGGAGCACGGGAAUGCCCUCCCCUUCUCCGUAGGCCCCCGGGACGGGCUGGUCUCUACCCAGGGCCGCCUGGACCGGGAGGAGCUGUGCCGCGGCUCGGAUCUGUGCGAGCUGGCCUUCAGCGUCCUGUACCGGAGGGGCGGCGUCGUGAACUUCCUGCGGGUCCGCGUUGAGGUGAUGGACCUCAAUGACCACAGUCCCGGCUUCCCAGCCCCGCUUCAGGAGGUGGAGAUCUCAGAGACUGCCGGCCUCAGGAUGCGGAUCCCUCUGGAACGAGCGACAGACCCCGACGCCGGGCCGAACGGCCUCCAGACUUACUCGCUCUCCGGCAACAAGCACUUUGCUCUGGAUGUGACGGUGGCACCGGGAGGCGCCAGGCAGGCGGAGCUGGUGGUGAUCAGAGAACUGGACCGGGAGGUUCAAGCGAUGUUUGACCUCACCCUGGUGGCGUGGGAUAAAGGGAACCCCCCCAGGUCUGGCAGCACAUUAGUCCGCGUUAACAUUCAGGACUCCAACGAUAACAGCCCCACGUUCGAGGACUGUACCCCCACCGUGGAGCUUUCUGAGGAUACAGCUAAAGGCACCACCAUAAUCCACCUCAGGGCCACCGACCCGGACCAGGGCGCCAACGGGGAGGUGGAGUAUUCGCUCAGCAAGCACACACCUCCAGAGGUUCAGAAACUCUUCCAGGUGGAUCCGCAAACCGGAGCUGUGAGCCUCAGAGCGCCUCUGGACUACGAGGCCAAGGCCUCCCAUGAGGUCAUCGUGCAGGCGCGGGACCGUGGGCCCAAUGCUAUCGCCGCGCACUGUAAGCUGCAUGUCAAGCUCCGAGACGUCAAUGACAAUGCGCCUAGGAUACACAUGACCUGGACCCCACCCAACUCCCCCGUGGCCACAGUGCUUGAGGGGGCCCCAGAGGACACCUUCCUGGCUCUGGUGAUGGUCUCGGACGCGGACUCGGGGGAUAACGGCAAAGUGAGAGCGCACCUCCGACAGGAAUCCGGCCCCUUUCGCCUGAAAUGGAUCCACGGCGACAAUUACAUGAUCGUCACCAAUGGCAGUCUGGAUCGAGAGACAGUGAUGCAGUACAACAUCUCGCUGCUGGCCCAAGACUACGGAGACCCCCCGCUGCACUGCGUUAAGCACCUGCCAGUUCGCGUCCUGGACGAGAAUGACAACCCUCCAGUGUUCACCACCUCGCUCUACAAGGCCUCCUUCGAGGAGAACAAUGCGGCGGGCUACCACGCCCUAAAAGUGGAGGCCUACGACAGGGACCUGGAGUUCAGCGGGAGGGUGUCCUACUUCAUACGGAACCCCAACGAGGUGGAAGCAGACACCCGGUCUUUCUCCGUCCACCCGACUAGCGGCGUCGUCACCGUGCAGCGGCCUUUAGACUACGAGGAGUCCCACCGCUACUCUUUUGCGGUGGAGGCCGUGGAUCAGGGUCACCCGCCUCUCACCGGCACAACGUCGGUGCAAAUCGACGUGUUGGAUGUCAACGACAACCACCCUGUAAUGAAGGAGCCCAAACUCAGAAAGGGCGCCGCCUCCCUCAGCAUACCAGUCAACACAGAAAAGGCGGAGAUUGUGAUGGAGUUGGGCAAUGGCAUCGUGGAGGGAUCUGCCCCUUUGCUGGUCGAUCGCCCGGUCCGAGAAGGACUUGCUGGCUUCCUUGCGUACACCUUAAAAGCUGAGGAUCUGGACUCUGGGCUGAACGGACAACUCAGCUACGUCAUUGUCGACGGUAACGACAAUGAACUUUUCUGGUUGGAGGGGGCAACAGGCCGGCUGUUCGUGAACACUGCCAACGCCACCGAGCUCGUUGGGAAAACUUUCACAUUCAACAUUGCCGUGUCCGACAUGGGUAGUCCCAGCAUGGCUACUGUGGCUGCGCUGGAGGUGACUUUUGUUAACUUCAGGGACCAUCUGAAAAACUCUUCGCCCGGUGACCGCGGGCGGCUCAGCUUUGCCGUGAUGCUGGCUGUGAGCCUUGGAGCAACUUGCCUGCUUCUGCUGUUGGCUGUCGCUCUAGUGACGACAUUCUGCCGUCCAGAGAAGCGUGAUGGCCGGGCGUACAACUGCCGGCGGGCGGAGUCCGCCUACGACCGGCACCCGCGGCGCCCACAGAAGACCAUCAGGAAGUCCGACAUCCAGCUGAUUCCCGUCAUCAGGGGCCGGAAGGAUGUGCCUCCCAAAGACGACAAUGAAGCCCGGCCCCUGUCUCUGCCCCCCAGGGCGUCAGACGACGAGCUAACCGAGAGGCAGUACGCAACAACGCCAUCCGUCUUGAGCCCCAGCUUCCUUUCCCAGGGAUUCUCAGAAGGGGGCGCCACCCAGCACACCAAGAUGCUCCGGAAGCCUGGAACCAUCGAGCUUGAACCACCAACGCCGCAGACUCUUUGCCAAGCCAGGAAACCUUCGUCAUCGUCUUCGGCCUCUCAUUCGACCACCUUGAGGCGCCGGGCAGAGGCCGGAGGGGAGGAGGCUGAGUCGGCGAAGUCAGGGUCCCAGGCGACCCUCCGGAGGCCGAGGAUCUCAGAAGGGCGUGGGGAGCCUGACGCAGAGCACCGGCGGAUACUGAGAGACCUGGUGCGGCUUUCCAUGGCCGCCUUCGGAGACACCAUCGAGCUUUCCUCUGCUUCACCCGAAGUGCAGCAGAUCUCCCAGCUCCUCUCUCUCCUCCACGAGGGUCAGCUUCAGCCGAGGCCAAACUUCAGGGGGAACAAGUACUCUCAUCGCAGGUACGGAGGUCAGGACUGCUCUGAUUGGCUGAGCACCAAAGACAGCGGGCACGGGGAGAGCGAGGCCGGCGAUGUGGACUGGGAACCAGAGAGGGACUCGCCCAUCGACCCCCAGCUGCUCCACAGCUCCGAUGACGUCUUCGCGGAGGUCGGCGACACGUCCUGGAUGGCCCGCCUCUCUCUGCCGUUCAACGCCGAUUACCACGGCAACGUCUUCGUCCCUGACGGGCUUCCGUUCCCUGAGUGCGAGCACCCUCCCCGGGACGCCCUGGAUUCCUCGUCCUUCUCCACCUUCGGUAAAGCUCCAGAGAAGGACGGCCCACUGGGCGGGGCCUUGCUCUCUGAAGUCAGCACUCUGUUCGAGAUGCUGAUGACACAGAAGGCCGACGCCCACCCCGGCCCUCGACCUGACAUGCUGUACCGGCUCUCCGCUGCCUACCGCCGGUCUCUGGGUCUCGACCCCACAACCGCCGCAAGGAACUCUGGGAACUGUGGGAGUGCGGAGAAGAGGUCGGACCUGGCUGCUCCCUUGGGGCUCCAUCAAUGAGAUGAACUCUGGAGGAGGACAGGGAUGUGAUACUGAGAUGUAGUUUGUAAAUAAUGAUUUCUGCCCAUUUGAAAUGAGUCUCUUCCUCACUGAUGAGCCAUCAGAGAUGAGUCUAAUGGAAGAGCCCUAACCCUAACCCUUUUUUAUUUGUUUCCAAUAAAAUAUAUUUGACAGAGAAUCUGUGUUUUCCUAUUUAAACCUAAACAUUCAACAUUCAAAGUAGCUUUGUAUCUCUCUCCGUCUGUGACUCCUGUGUGUUUGUGUCUCUGUAUGGGACACAUCAAACAUCUCCACGUGGAUGUUAAGUAUAUUUACCUUCUAAACCAGAUGACAAUGCUGCAAAUGAAAAUAAAACAGUAUAAACAUU